ACAAAGCCUCCACAAGAAGUUUUCUUAAAAGAAGCACAUGAAGAGGCAGUUCAGAAAUCACUUAGUGCAUUUAAUGCAAGUGCUGUUGGAUCUGGUUCAACAAGGCAGAAAUAUGAAGUUCUUCUCCAGAAUUUCUUACAAAAGGCAUUUGAGGACUAUAAACAAACUGCAUUUAUGGCGGCAGAUUUGAGAUGUUACACUGCUGUAGAAAGCAUGGAGAAAAAAUUGCGAGCUGCUUGCCAAGUUCCUGGCACAAAGAUCAAGGAAGUUGUCAGGGUUCUUGAUAAUCUCGUAGCAGAGUACGAAGCAUCAUUUUAUGGUCCAGCAAAAUGGCAGCAAUUGUCAUACUUUCUACGGAAGAGUUUACAGGACAUCAUACUCCCCCAUGCUAAGAAGCAGAUAGAUGAAUCUUCUUCACCGGAGAAGAGAGAUCUCAUAUUGAAAUGCCGUACUAUUGAAGAUAAGAUAGACAUGCUUAAUAAGCAAUUGGAAGCAAGUGAUAAGUUAAAAUCUGAAUAUCAACAGCAUUAUGAGUAUGCAAUUGAUGACUUGAAGAAGCUUUCUGAUCAUUAUAAGAGCCGUAUUAAUAGUUUGGAGAACAAGUGCAGCUUAUUCGAUGAAAGGUGUUCCUCUUUGAUGGAAACAAUAGAUUCAGCAAAACAGGAAUCCUUGGAAUGGAAAAGGAAAUUUGAAGAAUUGAUAACUAGCAGAAACAACGAAAAUAUCAGUGCCAGUGAAGAAAUCUCAGUUUUCAAGUCCUGGAAUCAUGCAGCUAAAGCAGAAGCUACCGCCAAUGAAGCAGCACGGUCUGCUUUGAAGGAAGCAAAUGAGUGGAAAAUCAAGUAUGAGAAUGCUGUUAGAGAAACUAAAGCUGCAGUGGAGAAGGUAGCUUCAGUUCAGGAAAGUGCUAAGCAGGCACAGUUUAGAGAAGAUGCCCUUAGGGCAGACUUCUCUCGCAGUUUGGAGGAAAAGGAUGCAGAAAUCAAAGAUAAAGUAUCAAAGCUUGAAUGUGCUGAGGAACAGUUAACUGCUUUGCGACUGGAGUUAGAGGGUGCUCAAUCAAAGAUAAAUAGCUGUAACUUCGAGUCUAGUGAGUUGAAGCUUCAAAUCAGAGCGUUGGAAGAGAAGUACCGGGAUGUAAAAUCUACUGCUGAAUCAAUGGAGAGAGAAGUCGUGAAGAUGCAGCAAGGAAAAUCCCAACAAGAGCAUAAAUAUAUCGCUGAGCUAAAAAAUAUUGAAGAAGCAAGUGAAGAAUGUAGAACUGUGGAAGAAGUUAAGAUGGUAAAUGAUCUUGUCAAUUUAAUACAGGCAGAACCAUUAGCUGCCGAAAAUCAGAAGGGAGAGGUGCAGCAGCUGGCACUGGAGAAACAUUUUGAAAUCGAAAGAGGACAAAAAUAUAUUGAAUCUUUGGAGAAGCAGAAGAUGGACUUGGAAGGUGAAGUUGAGAAGUACCAGUUGGCAAACCAGGAUGCCACAGUCAAGAUUGCUUUACUAGAAGCAAGAGUCAAAGAGAGAGAAGAAGAGAUAGAUAUGUUGAAGAUGAAAAACGAGCAACAGGUGAAUGCAUUUCAAAUCCGCGAAAGUGUCCUAGAGUCAAAAUGCACUGAAAAUGCAGGUGUAACUAGUCAACAUGAAGUGUAUUAUUUGGAAGUAGAAUCAUUACAAGAAGAAACAAAUCUGCUCCGGCAGGAUUCAGUUUCUGACUUCCUAAAUGAAAUUGAGGUGGUCCCUGAGCAUGAAAACCUCUCUUUUGGAAAGCGCUCGAUGUCAGAAGCUCCUGGCACAGGUGUUGAUUCUGUCCAAGAUACGGAUAUUGAUGAAGUGGUCAGAGUAACAAAGAAACAAAAGCACAGUAUGACUCUGCAUGAAUGCACAGUGGCAGGAGACUCAGAUUCUGUUUCCAAGCAAAAGAAAGGCAAGAGCCAACCACAAACUUAUUUGAAAUUUACAGUGGCAAAAUUACGGGAGGAGCUUAUAAGACAUGGUUUUGGUGCUGAAUUGCUGGAACUGAAUCGUCCUAAGAAGAAAGACAUAUUGGCUCUUUAUGAGAAACAUAUCCUCAGCUAAUAACUCCAAACAUUUUCUUGCAUAUACGACUUCUCAGGCUUUUCAAUCGAUAUUAAGCAGAGUUUAUGAUACUAAUUACGAAUUCAGUAGGGCUUUUGGAGCUGAGCUCCAAUUUCACUUGCUCCCCACUUUUCUGUUGGCUGAGUUAUUUGUCAUGAGCUCUAGUCCUAGAUAUUAGGAAGAAAGGGUUCAACUUUCACUUUUGAAGAAAAAACAAAGAAGAAAAAAAAAAACCAAUGGGGUAAUUGGUGUCUUUUUGUGUUCAUAUAUACUGUACAUUCUGCUGUAGAACUGGUCUCAUCACCAUUUUGGAUAUAUAAUCUUCCUACUGUUGCUUAUAAA